AUGGGGAGAGGGCGGUUCUCCUCGGCUGCUAGGGACAGAGAGCCAUCGCUCCAUUCUUUCUCCUAUUUUAAAAAUCCCUUUUUCAUUGUGGUGGUGGUGGUGGUGUUUACUGUUGUUCCUAAAGAAGGCCCUCCCCGCCCCCAGCCCGGCGGGAGCGACGAGGAGUUGGAAACCUUGGCCUUUCAGGCCGCUCUCGGAGAGGUCCCCGCCGUCGAAUGCCUUUUCUCCAAAGCCUCCGAAAUCAGAAAGGUCAGCGAGGUCAGCGAGUCCCCCGACAGCCGGAACGAAGCGGCCACCGGCAAGCUGUUCGCCCGGCAGCGGCCCAGCGCCAAGGAGAAAGACAAGAGCCAGCAGGGAAAGAAUGAGGACGCCGGGGCCGAGGAUCCGUCCAAAAAGAAGCGACAGCGGCGACAGAGGACCCAUUUUACCAGCCAGCAGCUGCAGGAGCUGGAGGCCACCUUCCAACGCAACCGCUACCCGGACAUGUCCACGCGGGAGGAGAUCGCCGUCUGGACCAACCUCACCGAGGCCCGCGUGCGGGUCUGGUUCAAGAACCGCCGGGCCAAAUGGAGAAAGCGGGAACGCAACCAGCAGGCCGAGCUGUGCAAGAACGGCUUCGGCCCCCAGUUCAACGGGCUCAUGCAGCCCUACGACGACAUGUACCCGGGCUACUCUUACAACAACUGGGCCGCCAAGGGGCUCACGUCCGCCUCCCUGUCCACCAAGAGCUUCCCCUUCUUCAACUCCAUGAACGUCAACCCCCUGUCCUCGCAGAGCAUGUUCUCCCCGCCCAACUCCAUCUCGUCCAUGAGCAUGUCGUCCAGUAUGGUGCCCUCGGCGGUGACUGGCGUCCCGGGCUCCAGCCUCAACAGCCUGAAUAACUUGAACAACCUGAGCAGCCCGUCGCUGAAUUCGGGGGUGCCCACCCCCGCCUGCCCCUAUGCCCCACCGACCCCUCCAUACGUUUACAGGGACACGUGUAACUCCAGCCUGGCAAGCCUGAGACUGAAAGCCAAGCAGCACUCCAGCUUCGGCUAUGCCAGCGUCCAAAACCCGGCGUCCAACCUGAGCGCCUGCCAGUAUGCGGUAGACAGGCCCGUGUGAACCCGGACGGCUGCCAUCUCGACCUACCGGU